CUUCCGCUUCGUCAGAUCGCGUAUCACGAGCUAUUUGCGUGAAUGAGGUGUGGUAAUCCUAACCGUUGCCACUGUCAGCGAGAUAGUAGAGGUUUAAGACUACUGUAUAUUGAAAUUCACUAGAUGUAACGUGAAAACAUAAUCAUCAGGGUCUGCUUUUCCAGACAGAUGAUAACUAAUCCAGUAUUAUCAGGAAAGGAAGAUUUUAUGGUCUUAAAGUAGUUUUAGACUGCACCCAGACAAUGGCAACCAUCCGAAAAAAAUUAGUUAUUGUUGGAGAUGGAGCGUGUGGUAAAACCUGCCUUUUGAUUGUGUUCAGUAAAGACCAGUUUCCAGAGGUCUAUGUGCCUACAGUAUUUGAAAACUAUGUAGCAGAUAUUGAAGUUGAUGGAAAACAAGUUGAAUUAGCACUCUGGGAUACAGCAGGACAGGAAGAUUAUGACCGUCUUCGACCUCUGUCAUAUCCCGACACUGAUGUCAUUCUCAUGUGCUUUAGCAUUGACAGUCCAGACAGCUUGGAGAAUAUUCCUGAGAAAUGGACACCAGAAGUUAGACAUUUUUGUCCUAAUGUGCCUAUCAUUUUAGUAGGGAACAAAAAGGACCUCAGGAAUGAUCCUCACACAAUAAAAGAAUUAGCCAAGAUGAAACAGAAACCAGUUGCAUCUGAGGAGGGUCGAGGAAUGGCAGAGAAAAUCAAUGCUUAUGGAUAUUUAGAAUGCUCUGCUAAAACUAAGGAUGGAGUUAGGGAAGUGUUUGAAACAGCUACACGAGCAGCAUUGCAGGUGAGAAGGAAAAAAAGGACAAAAUGUGUGCUUUUGUGAAUAUUGCCUAGUAACCAACCAUGGUCAGUUGUCUUUGGCUGCUUCCACCAGAACAAUUAAUCCCCACUUGCAGUGUCUGCUAAGAUAUCCCAACUUUACAUCAGUACAUUUUUUUAUCUUAAGUUGCAAUUAACUUUUGGUUCUGUAAAAAAGAAUUGUAAACUUUGUAUCAAAUUUUUGAUUUUGUUUGACAUAGAGGAUAUAUAAGUAGAGAUUAUAUUAGUGCAUAUUUGAUAAACUUGGGGUGGAUCAUUUGGUUAGAUCUUGUUAUCCAGUGUCUGUUGUUCUUGUUUGCUUGACCAUGUAUUGGAAGUUGGGAGGGCAAGUCCACAUGCCUAACAAUUUGUCUGUCCAUUUGUUGAUCUUAUUCAGCUAAAGGUUUUCAAAAAGAGGAAGAGUUUAAAUAAAAUUUCUCUUAUGUAUAAAUUUUGUAGAAAAAUUUAUAAUGAAGUCUCUCUGAUAGAUAUAAUGUCAAGAUAAUUGUGUUUUCAUUUAUUAGUAACCUUCAAGUAAUUUGCUUCGUGUAUUCACAAUACAUAAAAAAACUGCAGAGAUAAGAAGUAAAUUUCAUCUUGAAGAUAAAAUAUUGAUGUUUACAUAAGAUUGUCUGAUGUUUUCUCCAAUUUAAAUAUUUCUAAACUGUGUCUAGUUUUCUGUAUUUUUGGUGUUCAAAUAAAGCUUUCAUUGUAGAAAAAGUAA